AUGAUUUCCACAACUCUAUCUCUGUCUCUUCUGGCGAUGCUCAAGACAAUAUCUGCAUCGUCGAUAUUGUUCGAAGGCGGUACGAUCAUUGCUUUUGAUCAACAAGCCAACGACCUCAACGUCAUCCGCAACGGCAGCAUUCUGAUCCACGAAGACCGCAUAGUCAAUAUCUGGUCGAGCGAGGAAACUCCUUCAGUGUCGAUACCUCCCAACACUACGUUUGUAGAUGCAGCUGGCAAGAUCAUCGCGCCUGGUUUCGUCGACACCCAUCGUCACGGGUGGCAGACACUGUUUAAAACCAUGUUCUCCAACAUCACGCUCCCCGAAUACUUCGGUCGCUUUGGAGAAGCCGCGUCUGCGGGACGCGUCGACGCGGAGCAGGUGUAUAUUGGGCAGCUUGCCGGGUUGUACGAGGCACUGAAUGCGGGGACCACUGCGUCGCUCGACCACGCGCACCACACUUGGUCGGAUGAGACAUCUUGGGCGGGACUGAAUGCCAGCAUUGACAGUGGGGCCCGUGUUUUCUGGUCCUAUGCGUUCCAUGAGGUUGCCAAUUAUACCAUCCGGCAGCAACUUGUGAACUACCGCGACAUCGUGAGCGCGGCCCCGCAGACGAACACGGCGGUCGAACUUGGUAUUGCUUUUGACAGCUUCGAUAACGGUUCUGUGGACCAGGAAACGAUCAACUCUAUCAUCGAUUUGGCCAAGGAAGUCAACACCUCAGUCCUCACAACCCACAGUGGAGGAGGAGUAUACGGAAAUGAGAACUCACCAACAACUCUUCAAAACUUCGGAAUCCUCAACACUACCAUCCCAGUUGUGUUUUCGCACGGAUCCUACGUCACCCUCAAAGACACGAUGCUACUACGAAGUACCAACCAGUACGUUGCCAUCACGCCAGAGUCGGAGAUGGGAUUCGGCCUCGGUCGCCCAAACACCAACAUGAUCAUGGAUCAAGCCGCGUUGGGUAUCGAUACCCAUGCAUUCCAGUCCAGCGAUAUGGUGUCUCAAGCACGCCUAUUUCUGCAGACGACACGGUCGGCAGUCACUGACGAACUGUUCAAGAAAUGGCAGGUCCCUGGGUCGAACCCCAUGAGUGUCGUCCAGGCUUUCCUGCUUGCAACCCGCAGCGGAGGCCUUGCGCUACGACGUCCCGACCUGGGGGUUCUCAGUGUGGGUGCCAAAGCAGAUGUUGUGGUGUGGGAUGGGACUAGCCCGAGUAUGCUGGGCUGGGUGGACCCGGUGGCGGCAAUUAUUCAGCACUCCAACGUCGGUGAUGUGGAGCAUGUUCUUGUUGAUGGCAAAUUUGUGAAAAAGGAUCACAAGCUGGUCGUUGGAGACUACGAGCAGGUCAAGCUGAGGUUCUUGGCGGCAGCGAAGCGCAUUCAAGAGGACUGGCAACAGAUUCCCCGCCCUCAACUUGGAGAACGAAGUUUGGAGGGUGCUCUUAUUGUCAAUGCGGAUGAAGUCGAUGUUGUAUCUGGAGAUGGUACAGGCUAUGGCCAGCUGUACGUUACUAAUUAG